CCGCAUCAUGGAGCUGGAUGGGAGCGAGAACGAUGAGGACGCGACGGCCGAGCAGCGUUCCAAUGGGCGCCUGGACGCUAGGCUCUCGGCCUUUGUGCUACUCUUGCUCUUGUCACUGCAAGCCCUUGGUCUGAAGAUCAUGUAUCUUCCCUUGAAUCGACUUAUCGAGGAUCGUUUCUGCCGCGACUACUAUACCAAGGUCAACCCUGGCGUCAUUCCGGUCUCCGGGUCAGUGCCAGAGCAGCUUUGCAAGGUCGACGUUGUUCAACAGCAGCUUGCUUCGCUCUUUGGGGCGAUAGAAUCUGUUCAUUUGUUCAUUGAUCUCGUCGUAGUGUUGCCGUAUGGUAUUAUUUCUGACCGCGGCCACAGAAAAUUGGUGUUGAUUCUCAAUUUUUUUGGCUUCAUUGCCAUGUACUCCUGGCUUUUUGGAAUGGGUUCGUUUGCUACCUCUGUGUCUCCGACGUGGAUGCUAGUUGGUCCCGUUUUCUCCCUUUUUGGAGGCGGGGAGUGUGUCUUUAUGAGCACGAUCUCGGCCUUGGUUACGGAUUUUGCGAAUUCUGAUAUUGAAAGGACGAACAUGUUCGCAUACAUCAGCUCCAUCACUUACGUGGUUCAUCUGAUAAGUCCAUCUCUUGCUGCUUUGACAAUGUCACGUAGCUUAAGGCUUCCGUUUGUACUUGGAUUGGUGCUCUUGAUCGUCGCUAUUCCUCUCAUUACGCUUUUGCCAAAAGAUUCGAACAACGUCGGUGAUGACGUCGACUCAGAAAUCGAGCCAUUGCUGGACAAUGGCGGCAAUGAGGAGGAGCUACCAAAAGGAAAUCAAAGGAGUCACACACGAGCCAUCCACGACAUUCGCUCAAAGGUUGAAACGGUAUGGAAACAGGUCUCCGGACGGAAGAACUUCCAGCUGUUGCUGGGCGUUUUCUUUGUAGCUGCACUGGCUAGUUCAAAUAGCCCUCUGUUUCCACAAUACAUAUCAAAGCGAUACGACUGGACGUUCGCCAGCGCAGGGUAUCUGCUGUCAAUCAAGGCCGCUGUCAACGUCACCCUUCUGGCCUUGAUCGUCCCCACUGUUGUGCAGAUACUCUCAAAGCGUCUCGAAUUCACUUCCGGGCGCAUCAACAGGCUUGGUGCCGAAAUUAUGCUAGCAAUAUCAAUCGCUGGAGCCGUUUUCAUAGCCCUGUCACCUGGCGUGCCAUGUCUGAUAUUUGGUAGAAGGCUCACUUUUUCUAGCUAGGGCAUCAAGCUGACGAGGUACACAGCAUUCUUUGUCUACGCUCUUGGAUCGGCACUACCCGUUUUCACACUUUCGCUAGUCAAGGACCCGAGUGUGGCAGGUACGGAGCUGCAGGUUAACGCCAUGGAUUACAGCAUCACAAUGAUAGCCAAAUACGCAGGCAAUAUGGUUGGCCUGCCUCUUAUGACCAUGCUUUGGGCCAAAGGUAUCGCAUAUGGAGGUCCAGCACUUGGUUCACCCUACUUUGCAUCUGCCAUCCUGUAUGCCUUUGGUGUCUGGCUAGUAGCAGCUAUGUCAGAUGACAGGCUGGCUGAUUCCUACUCGGAUGUGGCUGCUCUUAGUCAUUAGUCAUGCUUCAGCUGAUUCAUAACUUCUCUAGAAAUUUGUUUCUGCUUUUUGUAAUUGGCGAAUUUUGGCUGGUUGAAGCGCUUACUCGGUUUGCGACAAAUGCGCCCAAAAUCGAAGUAAAAGCUGCGACAGUCAGCUUGAUGUUUAGACAGAAAUGAUUACGCCAAAAAAAAGUUUGCAAACAAAGAAGGUCGAAGUUCAAAGUUUGCCACGUGGGAUGCCUAGAACUGUUUCCGUGUUUGUCGUGCGCUGUCGAAGACGGAUAUACAAACGCAGCGACGGUUCUGCUGGGGCAAGCUGAGCCCCCUCACAGACGAACUAAAUGAAUUAUAUCUGGCUAAAAGGCCGGAGGCGUCCUUUUCUGUUCUCAAAGGACAGUACAUAGACUCUAUUGUAAUCGACAACAUCUACG